CGUCACUGGGUCCAGCCCGCCAAAUUCGAGGCUGAGGGGAGAGUCGCGGUGACAGCGGCUGUGUCAAAAUGUGGAAUGAAAUUGAGCUUUUAGCAAAUGAUGAUACUGGGAGUUGCCGCCUCAAUAUUGAUUCAAGACAAGAAAGUGGAACUGCCUUAUACCAAGUGGACACACUUCUCAAAAUCUCAUCCUCAGAGAAGGUAUCCUGCAACCCCAAACUUUUAGCUUUUAAUUCGAUUGAAGGAUGUGUGAUUGCUGCACAUAAGUCAGUGUCUCUCCUUGACAGCAUUUGUCAGUCAUUGCGGCUACAGUUACAGUUUGAAACUGAAGUAGAUGUUGUUGGCCUGUGUUGUGAAGGACGGUUUCUUUUAGUUGGAGAGAGAAAUGGCAAUGUUCAUCUUAUCCAUGUACACUCUAGACAGAUAUUGAUGACUAAGAGAUUGGUUCAGAGUGAUCCAAAAUCUGAUGUUCAAACAUACCAAAAGUUGCUGAUUGAGAAGGAGAAUUCAAAUGAAGGUGUCUAUCACAUAUUUGUGCUGACAAAUGGAGGGCUGUACUGCAUUAUGUAUUUUCAUCUUGAAAAGAUUAACAAUGCAAUUGAGAAUAUGGACAUCAGUGCAGCAAACGAGCUGGAGGGGAAAAUUAAGAUCUGUUUUAUCUCUACGGAGGAGUAUCACACAAGUGGUUGUAUGAAUUUGAUGAUUGGAGAUCUGACGAGUGACAUCCAUCUAAUUAUAGGGGGUAAAGGUGACUAUGUACUCUCCAAAUGGAAAAUGGAUCCUGUAAAAAAACAUUUAGCUGUUCAAAGUCUUAUUGAUUCAAGUAUGAUAAAAGGUGCAAGAAAAUUUCAGGUGCUGGACAAUCUGCUCUUUGUUUUGGAUGUGGAUGAUAUUCUGAGUGUAUGGGAUGUUUACACUCUAGUUUUGGUGUGGGAUUGGCCAUCUUGUUGCAUAUCUGAUUUUCUUCUUACAACCGAAGGAGAUUCAUCAUCUUCAGUUACACGACGAAAAGAUACAAACCUUAAACUUAUAGUACUGACAUGCCUGAAUAAUCAACAGAUGAGAAACCUAAGGGUUUAUUCCUUGCCUACUAUGGAUCAUUUGUAUUCCGUUGAAGUGUCUGAUAUAUCCAUACUUGUUCAAACUGGAAUUGGCAUGGAUACAAUUUAUCUAUUGGAAGGGAUACAUGAGAGCCAUGACAGGUCACCUGGUUACCCUGUCUCAGCCCUUGCAAUGAGAUGCCUAACAGAAGCGUUACCAGAAAACAGGUUAAGCCGGUUGCUUCAUAAACAUAAAUUUGAAGAAGCUGAAAAAUUUGCUAUACAAUUUGGACUGGAUGUUGAGCUUGUAUACAAAGUCAAACUAAAUAUUGUAUUGGAGAAAUUGGCAUCAGCAUCCAUUGGAAGUUAUGGGCAAAUGUUAUGGCAGGAAGUUGUGGAUGAAGCACAGUUGAAUCUACAUAAAAUAAAGGAUGAUAACUUUGUUAUCGAGUAUUGCAUCAAUGCAGCAUGGCCAACAUAUGAAACAAGUUUUAAUAUGCUCAAUUAUGCCAAGUCACGGGUCCAGAAGAAGGAAGAUAAGACCUUGCCAGCAAUGUCUGAAGAGAUUUUGGUGUCUAUCACAGAUGUACUGAGAGCCCAGGCAAAGCUGACUACAUUUUAUGGAGCAUUUGGUCCUGAUAAAUUCAGUGGCAUCGCUUGGAUUGAGUUCCUAAAUAAUGAAGAUGUGCUGAAAGACAUCCUUUUUCAGUUAGAAGAACAAAAUUUGCCCUGCGCGCAAUAUUUGUGGCUGAGGCAUCAGGCAGAAUUUGAAGGCAAUUUUGAUGAGAAGAUGCUAGAGAAUCUCCUUAAUACGAUACCUGCCAAUAUACCCUCUCACGAAUUGUGCCUUUGGUUUAAAGAUAUCUUAAUUCCAUUUGUAAGGAGGAUUGUGCCUAAAGGGCAGAAAAUCAUAGCAAAAUGGCUUGAGCAUAGAGCAAGGGGUCUAGAGCUGACGGACAAGGCAAACUGGCCAGAGAAUGGAUAUGAAAUGGCAGAAGUGUACUUUACAUCUAAAAAUCCUGCAGACUUUGGAUUAGCAUCGUCUUGGAUAUGGGUUCCAUUGAAGGAAGAUGGUGAUUGUGAGGAAGUUCAGCAGUUAAUGAAGCUUGUCACCAGUUUGCAGGAAUUAGUGGACCUCUACAGGAAGUAUAAUUGCAGGCUUGCCCUUUCAGAGUAUGAAAAGGAAACCACAACUACUAUUGUGUUUCGCAUGUUGGAUAAAGUUUUGGCCCCAGAGCUCAUUCCAUCUACUCUUGAAAAAGUUAUCAGGCCAUAUAUGUAUGAACACAACCUUCAAGAGGAAGAGCUUCUUCUUCAAUAUAUUAAGGAUUUGCUGGAGCGCUGCAGUUCACGAUCUGCAUCAUUGUUUGAAACGGCAUGGGAAGCGAAAGCAAUAGCCGUAUUGAAGUGCAUGUCAGAUACAGAUCUAAUAUUUGAUGCAGUUCUUCAAAUCAUGUAUGGUGCUGUUGUACCGUGGAGUGAUACAGUAGAGCAGCUUGUAAAACAACAUUUGGAGAUGGAUCACCCAAAAGUGAAAUAUCUUCAAGAAAGUUACAGAUUGAUGGAGAUGAACAAGCUUUUGCGUGGUUAUGGAAUAAGGGGAUUUAACUUUGCAAAUGACAAACAAAUAAUGGGUCUAGCCAAAUUCAUCCUCAAGCAAGAUUCCCCUACAUCCUUUGAAGAUGCUUUAAAGAUUGUUCAAGCAUACAUGCUGCCUACUGUGGAAGUAUACAUUUUUAGAAUGGUGCAGUUAAUACAUAUGAACAGGGGAGAUGAAUGUCUGAAUUUUCUGAAGUCUCUUCCUCCUGGUGAAACAGAUGUAACCGUGGAACGAUUAUCUCUCUGGGCACGAAUAGCCUUACAGGAAAACCCUGGAAAUUCUGAAGAGUGUAAAGAAGACCAAAAGUUGAUAGCAAAAACGCUUGUGGAAAUCCUGAAAUUCCAAAUGUGUGUCCAAAAAGGUAAUCCUUUAAAGACAGAGAUUUUUGAGACAACUUUGAAGAUGUUUGAGGCAAUCUCUAGUUUACAGGAGGAUUUUGAUAUUUUCCUUUCGCUAGAAGAGUAUGAAAAUCGAUCCUUAGUGUCUGCACUUCGAGAUGAGCACAUUAAGGCCUAUGAGAGUGCAAGAUCCAAAUCUAAAUCUGAGAAGUCACCAGAACAAGCAGUAAACAUGGAUGGGAUUGCAAAAACGCCAUCCACAGACUCUAGGCUUUACAGACUGGCUCUGCUUCUGCAAGUCACAGAGCAGGAGCUCAGUGCUGAACUGGCUUUUCGGGCUUUGAGCCAAGGAAAAGUGGAAAAGUCACUGCAAAUUUGCAGAGAUCUAUAUGAACAUCACUGCAAUCCUCAAACUGGGCAUUUACUGUAUCUUGUUUCUCAAAAACUGUGUCAAUUGUUGGAGGCAAAUACUCCAAUGGUGCUUCCUCCAGGAAUGAACUUACCUGCAGUCAUUUAUCAACUAUCUUGCCAGGCAUCUACAAUCUGCAGCCCAGAUCUUCUCCUAGACACCUUGGAAUUAUGUAAAUACACUCAAGUGGCGAUGGAGUUCUACCAGCAGUGCCAAAUUGAAGAUUAUGGUUUUAUAACAAAAAGUGCCAGUUUCGGAGCUGACCGAGACCAGUAUGAAGAAUGGACUUAUGAAGACUAUUUUAGUGAAGAUGGCAUUGUCCUUGAUCCACUUAUUGUUUUACCAGUUGCUUAUGACUUAACUACUGCUGUGGUGCCGAGCACCGCUGGCAGGAAAAUGUAUCCCUUGGACUGUGCAAGUCUGGCAUGCUGUCCCUAUGUAAAAGGGCAAAACUUACUACUUCCUGCUACAACUCCAAUAACUGCAUUGAUGGAAAAUCUGCAAGAAUGCAGCCAGUGUGAGCUAACCUUGCAUUUAAUAACCCAGGCAUUUGGAACAUGCUUACAACAUGGUGUUUCAAACAACAUGGAUAAUCGCUUGAGCUCAAAGUUGCAUGACGAAAAAGUGCUGGCAGAAACCCUAGCAUUUAUUUCUGUGUUUGGUGAAAAAACUGUUGCUCUUAUUAAAGACACUGCAAUGGCUUUACUACAUAAGGUUUUUAAUUGUCGUGUUGUGGAUUGUGAUCUGGCGUUGGGUUACUGUACUCUACUUUCCAAAGAAGUCGUGUUUGAGAAACUAUGGGAUAUUAUAAACAACACCUGGCAAAAUUAUAACAAGAUUAUGGCUGUAGCUGUGGUUGGAGCACAACUCGCCCUCCUGUGUAAUGAGAAUGAGGAACGGAAAAAGUUUCAAGAACUAAAAACAGAUGCAGAGUGGGGUAUCCAGCUCAGUAACUUUGGAGUAUCCUUCCAGUCUGUUUUUAGACAGAAUUCCAAACGAAAGAAAGAGCUACUUGGCACAUUAGUUCAAAACUCAAAUGUGGACACAGCACUCAUACUUAAGUACUGCAGCACAUUUGAAUUGGACAGUGAUGCUGCUCUCCAACUCUAUAUUGAAACACUGCUUUUGUCAGGUUCAAACUUAAAGCGUGGUGAAGGUGAUUUCACCCUGGACUCUUCACAGUUUUCAAGCUCCGAACUAGUAACAAAAGCCAAAGAAAUAAUACCUCUAUUAAAUAGUACCCAAGACCUGGUUGUAAGUCUAAGUGGCAUACUGCAUAAGCUGGAUCCCUAUGAUUAUGAAACCAUUGAAGGAGUCUUGCAAGUAAUAAUUGCAGCUGAUGAAAAAAAUACCAGCAUCCAGCUCAACCAGGCUCUCGGUCUAAUUAAUCAUUUGAAAUCCUACAAGAGGAUUGCACCUCCUGCCGAUUUAGAGCACCAGUACAUAUUGGAACAUGGAAUUGCAAUGUACUCUCAUUCUCAUACAAGGCUGCCUUUUCAUCUUCUCUUUUUUUCAACUGCAUCCAGUUUUUGGGGAAUUAUAUCUGCAGAACUUAGUGAAGAAUCCUUCCCAACACUGCUGCUAAUUUCCAGACUGAUGAAGGUUUCUUUAGAUACUUUGUAUAUGACUGCUGUCAAGCAUAUUUUUGAGAAGAGCUUAAGACCUAAAGCACUAAAGCUGAAAAACAAUGAAACCUCCUCCAUCAUUACCAAGGAAACUGCUAAAACGGUUAAAACCAUUCAGUCUUACUUGCAGUCCAUAAGUAAUCCAGAAUGGGCUGCAGCUAUUGCACACAGAAUUGCCCAAGAACUCCCAACUGGACCUGAUAAGAUUCAUGCACUAAAAUUUUGUCUUCGUUUGGCUGAAAAGUGGAAAAACACCUUAUCACCAAAGGAAGAAGCACAAGACCGAGCUGAGGUGCUGAUAAAGAAACUUGGUGUGCAAUAUCAAAGGUCUGCUACAGAGAAUGUUCUGAUCUCUCAUAAGCUGGACUCUGCUGAGUUCCACAAACAGAUAGGAAAACCAGCCAAUCUUAUAGUGUCUCUCUACGAACACAGUAGUGUGGAAAGAAGAAUAAGAAUACCAACAGGCAGAGAUUAUCCAGAUAUUCACACAGCGGCUAAACAAAUAUCAGAUGUGAACAACCUGAACAUGAGCAAGAUCCGAGAUGUGCUUUUAGAGAAAUGGCUGUGCCCUGUUGCUCUGCCGCAAGCUACUAAGAAUAAAGAUGUAUUUGGAGAUGUCCAAGGUGAUGAGGAUCUCAGAAGAGUUAUAUACCUUCUUCAGCCGUACCCAAUAGAUUUCAGUUCCAGGAUGCUGUAUGCAAUUGCAACAUCUGCCACAUCUCCCAUUGGUGAUAACCAACUGACUUUUGCUCACCGACGUCGAGCUCUUCAGUGCCUUAUUCAUUUAGCUGAUACGGACACCGUGGUUUCUUUAAUCAAAAAACCUAUUGACCAAGUGAAGUCUUACCUUAAGUGCUGCAUCUUUCUCUCAGAAUUUGAGAUUUUGAAUAUCCCAUAUACACUUGACUCCUUUCACAGCAGUCCAAAGGAGGGUAUGAUUAAAGGACUCUGGAAGAACCACAGUCAUGAACCCAGGGCUGUACGGUUAGUGACAGAACUUAGCUUGGAAUAUCAUGUUUAUGAUCCCCAUCUCUGGAGUGGUCUAUUACAAAAACUACUUGGAUUUAACAUGAUUACUUAUCUCCGAAAAGUUUUAGUAGCCAUCACUGGUGUGCACUGCCUAUGGGAGAUAAGUAACUUCAGUAGAGCAUGGCGUAGUGUUAUUCUGGCACCAUUCAUAUCUGCUUCAUGCCCUCCAAGCCCUUCCCAGGUGGAAGAAUGCUACCAGAGCUUUUUGCUUCUACUUAAAUGUCCUGUGUUAGCAGAACUGGACCUUGUUGGUAUUGCCAAGCAAUAUGCCCAAGUUGAUCUUCCAGCAUUUACUUUGGGGUGCCUUCUAUUGAUUCCACAUAUGGAGAAAAGAGAACAACAAAUUCAGUGCUUCCUGUCUACUUGUAAUCCUGAGACUAUUUUACAGCAAGAAUCUGACUACAUGAGCACUGGUGAGGUGUCAGGGUUUGCUUUACAGAUACGAGAUCUAGUGUUGGACAGAGUUAUAGAAAAUAAACAGUUUGAAAAGUUUGUGAAAACCAAAUAUUUUAAUUUAUUAAAGCAACAAGUCAUAAAAUCCAACAAAGUGAAAGAACUUGCAGAUUACCUUGUAAACAUGAAUUGUUUGGAUGAAGCUGCUGAAGUUGUAAAGGAAUGUUUACAGCGCCGUGGGAAACCUUGCCCUAGAAAUGCAAAUUCUCUAGAUGUUGUAAAGGAAUUUUUAAAUGGGCAUGCUUAAUUGGUAUCAACUGUCAAGGAAAAUGUGUUUGAAAACAUCAGUGGAAUGAAGGUCCAUGAAAAAUCAUAUACACGAAGUUACUUUAUAUUGUGUACAUUUUGUCUAAAAAUAUUUGUUUGUGUUAUUUACAAAAACGUACUGUUUGUAACAGUAAAAACAAACACAAUCCUGUAUGAUAUAAUUAUAUUUGUCAUGUA